AUGAAGUUCUUCACCGCCGCCAUUCUCUCCGCCGCUGCUGUUUCAGCAAGCCCGGUCUUCACCGUCUCCGACUUCUAUGCCGGCUGCAUCCCACACAGCACUCAGUGCAGCUACUCCUUUGGUGUGAUUCAACCCGGCACCAUGGAAAAGACACCCGUGCAGUGCAGCAUCAUGCUCGGCGCCACCAACGGCGGCAAUCUCCCCGACGUCGAGGACGGCGAGUGCAAGGAGUCCUCGCGGACGUUCAACGUUGUCCGAAGCAGAAGGGGUCUCACCCUCACCGUGUCACAGCCCGUCACUCCUUCCAGCAACCAGACCGGCGAGCACUUUAUUCCCAACAAGCAGAUCGACACAUCCAAGGAGCCCAAUGCUAUGGUUCAGACCUACAAGGGUCCCAAGAACUUUGAUCUGAACUAA